UAUAGAGUUUUAUAAAUGGGAAACUGUUUGCUUCCUUUGCUUUGGUCCACUUUUUCGCUUGAUUACAGGGUAGCAGCAUGAAUUCUUCCGGGCAUUCCCCGGAAAAUAUGAGAUAUGUCUUUUCCCCAGGAAUUUCUUUUUUUGUUCUGUUAUUUUUAAUGCGUCUCUCUGGAAUAUUUCGCGAAUGUUUAUAUAAUUCCUCUGUAGACUAUUGUUUAUCCAUUUUCAACAAAAAAUUCUGGUAGGAUUAUCCGUUUAUCGAAAAUCAUAGCAAUCUGUUCAUUCCUUCCUUCGAAAAGAAAGGUUUGCUUUUCUGUAUUCUGUUAUUGGAUGUCAAGAGUUGGCGGAAAAGUAUUGAUAAUAAUUUGGUUGCUAUGAUAUCUCCCUUACUUGGUUCAGUUACAAUUACGUUGCUUUCAAUCAAACAUUAAAGUCAAAUUGGGAAAGAUUCCGGUUUCCUGUAGAUUCUGGUGAUGUUCAUUUGGUGAUGAAAAAAUUCUUUUGCAUAUUGGUUUAUUUGUCGCAGCAGUGUUGGGCUGAAGCGAUUGAACUUUUCUCACAUACGUACAGGUAAGUUAAUUUAACACCAAUUGCUCGAUUGCAUUUGGAAAGGAGAUGCAUGAGAAUUCAUUAAAUGUCAGAUGAAAGCAGGCUAAAAGCAGUUCUCUUUUAUUUGGAAUAAUAAUAAUAAAGCAUCGUUAUUGGUCUAAGUCAAGUGUAUUCAGGUAUGUAUCAGCUCCAGAGGUUGUGAGAGAGAAAAGUGCAUUAAGGAUGAAUGGUUUGGCCGUUCAUUUUGUGUGGACUUUAUUGUGCCGUAUUUGUGACUGCUGAUUAUUUAGUGAACAAUGAAGUGCUCUUGUUCUUUUGUUUCCCGCCAUCCGACGUUUGUGCUUUGUAAGUCGCACUCAGGCUACACUUGUUUACUUUUUCAAAGUCACCCUGCUUGGAUUUUUUCAAAAGAUGUGUCGAUUACUGUCAUUCGUGUUUUCUUUCCAUGGCCUGAUAAAUGGCUGGAUAUGCAUGGGCUCUGUAUGGUGUUUAACAUUAUCACUAAUGAUGAGUUGCGAAUGGUGAGUUGAUGUAAAACUUUUAUAACUCUCUUUACAUCUUGUGACGACGAUGUGAAGAUAGCUUUAUUCACUUCCUAGGCAUGUAUAUGUGUUUAAGUUGUUUUUGUUUGUUCAAACCAUUUCUAGUUUGAUUACAUCGUGUUUGGGUAUUUUCCAAGUUCUGCCAACUCUUGACAAAGUACAGAAAGCAGAUGAGGUGCCUAUUGUGGUUACGUUCUGUUAAUAUGGACUAAUCUAACAUAAUUAUAUAGGAAGCAGUGGUUUACUGAAAAUUAUUUGAGAGGAAGGAAAAGGUCAGUUGCUUGUUUAUGUUGUUCAGUUUUCAGAGUUGCACCGAGAGGAUGUGUGGUGUCUUUAAAUUAUUCACUUAUUUGGGGUGGUGUAGGCAUUACUGACGAUGCUUACAGACGCUCAAAUCGGACUUACGUUCGUAAGAACAUGCAACAGUGAGGUUGUUCAAAAUAUAAUUGCCGUUCAUAGGAAUUCAUUAGGCAUUGGAGCCAGUAUUUGGAUAACUGCUUAUUUAUAGAUAUGUUCCAAUGCUUUUGGAUCGAAGCUAUGUAGAUUUGAAGAAUCAGGUGAUAAAAGCGGAAAGGAAGCUGUUAAAUGCGCUCGGUUUUGUAGUACACGUCAAUCAUCCUCACAAACUUAUAUACGCAUAUCUUCAUGCACUGGGCGCUACUGGCAAUCAUGAACUCAUGCAAAAAGCGUGGAGUUAUAUGAAUGAUGGGUUACGUACAGAUAUAUUUCUUAGGUAUCGGCCGGAAACAAUUGCAUGCGCCUGCAUUCAUCUUGCAGCAAGAACUAUAGCAGAACCCCUACCGCUUCCGCGCGAACCCUUUCCUUGGUUUGAAGCAUUUGAUGCAAGUGACAGGGAUGUACAUACGAUCUCAGUUUUACUUCUGCAGGUUUAUGCUCGAAUACGGGCGCCAAACUGGACACGGUUGAAUGAUACACUGAACAAACUACGAAUUGGUCUCAGCAAUACAUUUGCAAAAGCUCAGCAAGCGGAAAGCAUAGCAAGUAAAGAAGUCGAACGAGCAAAAGCUAUUUUGGAGAAAAGACGUCGCGAAAUCGCUAGUAAAGCUGCUGAAAUGGAGCGGCAGAAUGGUGCUAGAAGUAAGACUAGGGAAGGAAGUGGGAAGGAAAAAGAAGUUCAGCGUGAUAGGGAAAAGGAAAAUGACCAUCACAAUGCUAAGCAAACAUCGUCUUCUGCCUCACGGUCACACUCAAAAUCACCGAUUGAGCCCAAAAAAUUCCGCUCUUCAAUCAUCUGUUAUCACCAUCGGGCGGAAUCGACGGAACGUGAUCGACCAUCAAAGCAUAACCAUCAUCAUUCAAGGCAUCAGAGAGAUGAAAGACGACGAGCAAGGGAAGAACGGCGGGCGGAAAAAGAUCGGCGUCAUCGAACCAGAAGUCGAGAUGGUCGGCGCAAGGUUGUUGAGAAGGACAGAGUGAACAAUCAGCGUGAGCGUGAAAAAGAUGUUUAUUUGGCUUUGGGUAAGAGAAGGCGAAGUAGUGAAAGUCCUUCGCCUGUUAAAGUCCGGCGUUAGAGACGAAUAAAUGUAUAUAAUUACGGGGAUUAUUCUGCGAUAUCGACUGAAUAAGAAACCUCAUUGUCUUCGUUUUCAGUUUUAGAAAUUGAAGCAAAAACAGGAACAAAUAUAUUUGUAGGAGUUCUAAAGAUGUUUCAGUUCAAAUAAGUCAUUCUAGUCAAGUUUUAUUCCAAGGAAAGACUAAUUUCAAUUUGCC